UGACAAUUAAAUAAUUUAGGGUUAUGAGGGUUAUGUUUACGUCAAUUAUAUCAAGAUUUUACUAAUAUUACGCUACGCUGAUAAGCAACAUAAGAAUGUCAGAAAAUGAAGAAGAAAAACCUUUCGCCGCUGAAGUGGCGAAACAGGGGCGAGCAGUGUGUAAAAAAUGUAAACAAAAAUGUUUACAGGGAGAGUUACGGCUGGCAAAAUUGGUAGCAAAUCCGUUUGGUGAUGGCAAAAUGAAAUCGUGGCAUCAUUUGGACUGUUUGUUUCAAGUGUUCUCUAAGCAACGAGCUACUACAAGAAAAAUUGAUGAUACCAGUGAUAUCGAUGGUUGGGAUUUGUUGAGUGAUGAAAAUCAGGGGUUAAUUUUGGAUAAAUUGAAGGAGUUUAAUAAGGAUUUUAAAGUGAAGGCCAAGUCACCUAAAAAGCAAGGUUCGCCUAGUCGUAGCCCUAGAAAGCGAAGUAAAUCUCCUGUAAAAGAGUCUAAGUUGAAUUUAAGUGCUAAUUUGGGGGUUAGUAAGGAUUUGUUGUUCAAAGGGUUCAGGAUUUUAGUAGCCGAUGUUACCAACGUUAGUAGUUAUACAGAUAAAAGUAAUAUUAUGCAUAAAAUGUUCACAGAAGGUUUGGACGGUAAAGGGUUUAAAGGUGAUACGCUAUUAUGGGUUCGAUUAUUAUUACCAGGUGUUGUAAAACGAGUUUAUAACUUGCAAAGUAAACAAUUAAUCAAACUAUUCGCUAAGAUUUUUCAUACGGAUCAGGAAAGUAUGCUGGAACAUUUAGAGCAAGGUGAUAUAGGUGAAACAAUACAGGAUUUUUUCAAAGACAGCAAACAAAUCAGGCCGGCAAAAAAAAGUUUGCUUGCUAUACAAGAGGUAGAUGAUUUUUUGGAGAACUUGACAAAACUUACCAAAGAGGAAGAACAAAUAAGCCACUUUAAAAAAUUCCUGCCCAAAUGCACGGGGAAUGAUCUAAAAAUCGUAAUUCGUCUUAUUGUUCACGACUUGAGAAUGAAUGCAGGGGCUAAACAUGUUUUGGACGCGAUUCAUCCCGACGCUUAUAAGGCGUACCAAUCGUCCAGGGAUUUAGGGAUAGUCCUAAAAAGGUGUCUCGAGGAAACUAAAAGUACUUCUGUGAAAGCCACCAUAAAUGUUAUGACGCCAGUUUUACCCAUGUUAGCACAAGCAUGUAAAUCAGUGGAACAAGCUAUGAAAGCCUGUCCCAAUGGAAUGUAUUCGGAAAUUAAAUAUGACGGCGAAAGAGUGCAAGUGCAUAAAAAAGGCAGCGAGUUUAAGUAUUUUUCGCGUAAUUUAAAACCGGUUUUAAACCAUAAAGUCGGACAUUUCAAGGAUUAUAUACCGAAGGCAUUCCCGCUAGGUAACGACUUAAUUUUGGACAGUGAAAUCUUGAUGAUAGACACCGUAACGGGGAAUCCUUUGCCUUUCGGUACACUCGGGGUCCACAAAAAGAACGAGUUUAAAGAUGCGAGCGUUUGCCUCUUCGUUUUCGACUGCAUUUACUAUAACGGCGAAAGUUUAACUGAUAAAAGCAUAGAACUUCGUAAAAAAAUCCUCAAAGAAAACAUGGCGGAAAUCCCGAACCACAUCGUCUUCUCUGAGAUGAAGGAAAUACACAAACCCGACGAUCUCAGAGUGAUGAUAGCCAAAGUACUUAGUGCGGGGUUAGAAGGUUUGGUUCUAAAAGACCUGAAGGGCAUAUACGAACCCGGUAAACGCCAUUGGUUGAAAGUGAAAAAGGACUACCUAUUCGACGGCGCAAUGGCCGACAGCGCCGAUUUAAUAGUACUUGGCGCUUGGUACGGCACCGGUAAAAAAGGCGGAAUGAUGUCGGUAUUCUUGAUGGGCUCGUACAACAAAACAACCAAAAGAUUCUGCACCGUCACCAAAGUCCAUACAGGACAUGACGAUAAGACUUUAGAACGCCUUCAGAGUGAACUGGACAUGGUGAAAAUAAGCUGCGAUGCCUCGAAAGUGCCCAGUUGGUUAAACUGCACUAAAACAAUGAUACCAGACUUUGUUGCUAAGGAUCCCAAGAAUCAACCGGUUUGGGAGAUUACAGGGGCCGAAUUCACGCAACACGAUGUCCAUACGGCCGAUGGUAUUUCCAUAAGAUUCCCUAGGGUUACCAAAAUAAGGGAUGAUAAGGAUUGGGGGUCAGCAACUACUGUGCAAGAGUUAAAAGUUUUGUAUACCACGUCCAAAGAGCAUACUGAUGUUAGUUUGUUGAUGAACCAAGUCAAAAAAGAGGAUGAGACGUCUCCAAAACCACCAAAACAAAAGGAUUUGUUGAGCUAUAUCAAGAAAGAGAGUAAGGGUGAUGUUGGUGAAGAGCCAUCCCCGAAAAAGAAGAAGAAAACAAUUAUAGAAGUCAUGGAGGAUGAUGAAAAACGGAAAAACAGAAAGCGCAAAUCCCCAUCAAAAGAACCCAACCCAAAACCCAAAAAGGCAAAACCUGAAGAAUCCCCGGUGAAAAAACACUUUGAAAAACAAAUUCCCAGUUAUUUUAAGGGCGUCAAAGCCGUACUAGGACCAAAAAUUAAGGAAAGUUACUCGGAACUAAUAAGAUAUUUUAUUGCCUAUGGGGGAGUGGUACUUAACGAAACCGAACUAGAUCAAGCCACCCAUGUGAUACACGUUUUCGGUCAAGUCGACAAGCCAAAUAUUAAAAGUCCUAAAACUGCUCGGCAUGUGCAUAUAGAUUGGAUAAAAAAUACCGUAGCCAAUGAAGUUUUACCUGAAGAUAUAAGGCCUUAUAUGGUCCGAUGGGACCCCAGUGGUUAAUUUUAGAAUUUUUUAAAUAUUAAAUCAAUAUUUUUAUAUUUAUUUUAUUGUGAGCAACGGUCUUCAUUAAUUUUAUAAAACUAUAUUUUAUUUAUUCUUAAAUCAAUUUAACUGUAUUUUAUGUAAUUUUAUAAUUAUUUAUAUUGUAUAAUAUAAAAAAGUAGAUUUUUUUGAAAAGGGCUUAUGAUUUAUUAAAACCAAUUAAUUUCAUAUUAAAA